AUGCAAUACAAAAAGACUCUAACAACUGCUGCUUUAACUGCCACUACUUUUGCAGCUUACCUUCCACAUGAACCAUGGUCCACUUUAACUCCAUCUGCCACAUACAAAGGUGGGUUAACUGAUUACGCAUCUACUUUUGGUAUUGCCGUUCAACCAAUUGCCACUGCUUCCGUUGCUAAAAGAGAUGCUGUUUCUCAAAUCGGUGAUGGCCAAAUCCAAGCCACCACUAAGACCACUUCUAAAGCUACUACCAAGACUAAAGCUGCUGCUGUUUCUCAAAUAAAUGAUGGUCAAAUCCAAGCCACCACUAAAACACAAGCUGCUGCUGUUUCUCAAAUAAAUGAUGGUCAAAUCCAAGCUACCACGAAGACUCAAGCUGCUGCAGUAUCUCAAAUUGGUGAUGGUCAAAUACAAGCAACAACUAAAACACAAGCUGCUGCCGUCUCCCAAAUUGGUGAUGGUCAAAUACAAGCAACAACCAAAACACAAGCUGCUGCCGUUUCUCAAAUUGGCGAUGGUCAAAUUCAAGCCACUACCAAGACUUUAGCUCCAGCAGUCUCUCAAAUUGGUGACGGUCAAAUUCAAGCUACUACUAAAACUACUGCCCCAGCUGUUUCACAAAUUGGUGAUGGUCAAAUACAGGCAACUACCAAGACUACAGCUCCAGCUGUCUCUCAAAUCCAUGAUGGUCAAAUUCAAGCCACUACCAAGACUUUAGCUCCAGCAGUCUCUCAAAUUGGUGACGGUCAAAUUCAAGCUACUACUAAAACUACUGCCCCAGCUGUUUCACAAAUUGGUGAUGGUCAAAUACAGGCAACUACCAAGACUACAGCUCCAGCUGUCUCUCAAAUCCAUGAUGGUCAAGUUCAGGCUACCACUACUACAUCUGCUGCAAAGCCAACAAGCACAUCUACUUCAUCAAAUUCUAAGGACCCAGUUAGCGCUGAAUCUUGUAAGAACGAUGGUACAUUACAAAUGAAUUUGAAAGGUGGUAUUUUAACUGAUGGUUCUGGUAGAAUUGGUUCUAUUGUUGCUAACAGACAAUUCCAAUUUGAUGGUCCACCACCACAAGCUGGUGCCAUCUACGCCGCUGGUUGGUCUAUUACCCCAGAAGGUAACUUAGCUAUUGGUGACAACGAUGUCUUUUACCAAUGUCUAUCGGGUAACUUCUACAACUUAUAUGAUGAAUCCAUUGGUUCCCAAUGUAAUAAAGUAUAUUUACAAGCUAUUGAUUUGAUAGAUUGUUAA